GUAAGUGGAAGAAUUCUCUGUCUUUUUCAAUGCGUUUUAACUGUUUGCCCGUGACCGUCCACCGGAAAGUGGAAAAACACGGUGAAUGCGGCGGCCCCAAGGCAAAUUUAUUCGAUUUAACGCCGCGGCGUCUAUUAAAUUUUCAGCGUUUCCCAUGUGGCCCAGCCCCCCUGGCCUACUGCGGGGCAUUUGCCCGCCUUGCCAGUCCUUCAGGGCGGAAAAACGUAAUGAGCAUGCGUGAACUUUUUUGCCCAGAUCUCCUGGCUGGGCUUGAAAAAAUGGCGGGAUUUCAAAUAUUUUAUUGCCCAAAAAUAAAAUGUUUCCACUCAUAACCUGGAAAGAACCGGUAAUUUGUCUUCAAAAGUUGCAAGCUGUGGUUAUAACCUUGAAAAUACUUAAUUUUCUCGAAGAAUACUUCAUAGUAAAACGGACUUUAACGACAUUUAUUUCCUUGCGUUGUACUUUAAAUGUGCAUGCGUAGGUCGGAUUUUUUUCAAAAUGCAUUCACAAAAAGUGUUCAUAUAAGGAAGUUCCUGGAUAUACAAGGUCCGGAGCUCCACUGUGGACACAAAAACAACAUAUCUUUGGACAGUGAUUUGCCCAAAAAAAUUAACGCUUGCCCACAAUGUGUUUGAAGUCAUUGAACUUUGUUGCACUCGAGCUGAUAUUUUAAAACCCUCGCUCGAUCGGACACUCGUAGUUUCGCAGAUCACUAAAAUAUAAACAAAAUCCUCAAUGUAGAAGUUAUUGCGUUGAUAUGUGGGCAGAAAAAAGGUCAAUCUUUACCUAGUAAAAUCUUCCCAAAAAUCGGUUUCAAAGCAACUAUAGUUUUUUAAACUUGCUCGUUUCGCGCAGAUAUAUAAAUUUUGCUUUGUGUUGUCAAGUUGAACACGCAUAACAUAUGUGAAAAACCUACGAGUAAGUAGGAUUUCCUUCAAACACAGUUAAAGUUACAUUAUUUCAAAAACUUGUUGCUGACAAUGAAGAAAUGAAUUUUCUGUGCGACAACAACCUACCUAAAGAUCUUGAAAGCAAAAGAUCAGUUGCAACUUGGAAGCCAAGCCAUGAUUCACCAUUUGGCUAUUUUCAAUAAGCUUAACUGGUCCAUGCGAGAGUCUUCGUUUAACAAAUUAAACUCAGCAGAUCAUUAGAAAAUACAGAAAAUUGCACAUAUGGGUUUGUUUUGCUCGCCUCAGUCAAAUCAAGCGGCAGCAACUGUUUACAGAAAAAGAGUCAAUUGUUUUGAAGUCACUGCCGGCAGUUCUCCACUUCACAGCGAGUGAAAAGGACAAUUUGCGUACAGAAAGUUAUUCUUAUAAAGAACAGAAACCUUCACAGUGCACUGGAAAACAAAACUAUGUAAUGAAAAAUGAAAAAAACUCUGACUAUUAUUACUUGAGCAAGCUUUGAGCAACAGAAAAAUGAUCUUGAGUAAGCUUGCUGGCCUUCUAUUUCCGAGAAAGUUUAAUAAGCGCACAAGUUUGCUCACUCUGAUGCGUUAUAUUAAAAACAGCAAUAUGGUUCUUUGACUGAAGACAAAGAUAAAGCUGGUUCUGCAAAGGUAAUAAAUCUGGGCAUGUAAAAAAAGUAACCGUAACUACUAAUAACAGAAUACACACUGAGAAUACAAGCGGGUUUUAAAUCAACUAAUAAAUUAAUGGGAUGCACAAUCAGAAAAAUACUUGCCUCUUAAGAAAUGUUCAAAACCUUUUAUUCCACCUCAGACUGACGGAAUGAUCGGUUUUCCUUUAACAUUGGUUGUUCUGAAUCCAAAGUAAUUUUCCAGCGACGAAAAAAAAGCAAACAUGUCAAAUAAAAAUGCUUUACAAGGAGCAAAUGUUCGCACCUCGUGCAUUUCACUCAGAACUCCAGCAACAAACAAACCCCUGAAACAAACACAGUACAAGCUAGUACAGAAAAUCCCGCCUUGAGCCUGCGGUAUGGGAUGCGCAGAAGCUUGCGCAGAACGUUUUUCCGCCCUGAAUGUCAGUCCCGGGGGUGGGGCAUUUGCAAAGUUUGCACUGCCUGGGGGCCUGGCAUUUACCAACUCCGGGGCCAUGCCCAAGCUUUUGACCUGCCAGCAGUUUCCUAUCAGAAUAUAACUACAC